AUGGAGAAUACAAGGGUCUUCGUCAGUGGUCUGCCGCCAUCCUGCUCGAAUGAUCAGCUCCGGAAGCAUUUUUCAACCCGCUUUCAAGUCACGGAUGCCCAUGUCCUGCCGAAACGCCGCAUGGGCUUCGUCGGCUUCAAAAGCCAGGAAGCCGCCAAACAAGCCGUGGACUAUUUCAACAGGUCUUACAUGAAGUUGUCCAAGAUCUCGGUAGACAUCGCUCGUCCGAUUGAUUCAACCGCAGUUGAGAAGGCCCAUCCAACACGGAAACAUGAUGCUGUUACCGAUAACUCGGAGAACAAGCUCAAGCGCAAGAGGGACGCCGAGGUCAAGUCCCAGGACCCAAAGCUCCAGGAAUAUCUCUCCUUGAUGCAACACUCAUCCAAGACCCGGACAUGGGCGAAUGACGAUGACACGGCAAAGGUUUCGGAGGAUCCUAUGCCUUCCACUAACCAGCCCGACGAUGAUGGUGUGGCCGAGGAGUUGCAGUCUCUACCAAAGAAAGCCAAGACCCAGGUGCCAGCUGCGCAUCCUGAGCCCAUCGUGGUCGACCAAAGUGGAGGAGACGAGAAUAAGGAUGAGGCAGAGCAAGAAGACUCGGCUCCAGGUGACGCUGAGCCGGUGUCGGAUGCAGACUGGCUGCGAUCCAAAACUAGUCGCCUCUUGGGACUUCUAGAUGAGGACGAACAGGCUGAAUUCAAUCAACCGAAAGUUGAAGAACGGGCCGACUCACCAGCAAGCAACCAUGAAGAAUCCCGCACUGCGGCAAUUGAGACCAUUGGAGCUCAACCCACAAUUAACGAUAAUAAUGAUGAUAAUGAUGAUGAUGGUGUAGCUCAAGCAACACCCGAGAACGAUCCGAAUGUUGAUCUCAUUCAUGAUUCUGCUCGGUUAUUUGUCAGGAACCUGGCUUACGAUUUAACCGAGGCGGAUCUACAGCCACUCUUUACACCUUUUGGAAAGAUCGAGGAGAUCCACGUCGCUUUCGAUACUCGCUCUACGACUAGCAAAGGCUUCGCUUACAUUCAGUAUGCCGACGCCGACGCAGCUGUGGAGGCCUAUCGAAGUCUGGACGGCAAGCAUUUCCAAGGUCGCCUUCUUCAUAUUCUGCCAGCGUCUGCCAAGAAGACAUAUAAGAUUGACGAGUACGAGCUAUCGAAGCUCCCUCUGAAAAAGCAGAAGCAAAUAAAGCGCAGGAUGGACGCGACCUCCUCCAACUUCAGUUGGAACUCGCUGUAUAUGAAUGCCGAUGCUGUCAUGUCCUCCGUAGCCGACAGACUCGGUGUCUCUAAGGCAGACCUGCUAGACCCGACCUCGUCCGACGCCGCCGUCAAACAGGCACAUGCGGAGACGCAUGUUAUCCAGGAGACGAAGGCCUACUUCGCAUCUAACGGAGUCAAUAUCGAUGCCUUCAAGCACCGAGAACGUGGAAACACGGCGAUCCUAGUGAAGAACUUUUCUUUCGGUGUGAAGAUGGGAGAAAUGAGAAAACUCUUUGAGCCCUUCGGUCAGAUCAUCCGACUACUGAUGCCGCCCAGCGGCACCAUUGCUAUUGUGGAGUUCAGUCGGCCCGACGAAGCACAAAAGGCAUUCAGGGGCCUUGCUUAUCGCAAGCUGGGUGAUUCUAUUCUCUUCCUGGAAAAAGCGCCCAAGGAUCUGUUUGAUCCCACCGCUAUUCCGCAGGCAGUUGCUCCGGAUAUUCGGGGCAAAUCUCAAGGAUUCUCUACGGCGGACACCUUCGCGGCAGAUGAACCCGAGAGCUCAGUGGCAACCUCGACACUGUUUGUUAAGAACUUGAACUUCUCCACAACCAACGAAAUUUUUGUGGAGGCCUUCCGGCCACUGGACGGCUUUAUCACAGGCCGCAUCAAGACCAAAACUGAUCCCAAACGACCCGGGCAAACACUCAGUAUGGGCUUUGGGUUUGUUGAUUUCAGGACCAAGGCUCAAGCCGAGGCUGCUCUUGCAGCCAUGAAUGGCUACAAAUUGGAUCAGCACGAGCUUGUCAUCCGUGCAUCGCACAAGGGCAUGGAUGCUGCGGAAGAGCGGCGUCGCGAGGAUACCGCCAAGAAGGUCGCAGCCCGACGGACAAAGAUCAUCAUCAAGAACUUGCCGUUCCAAGCUACCAAAAAAGACAUUUGGUCACUCUUCGGAGCCUACGGCCAACUUCGGUCUGUGCGGGUUCCCAAGAAAUUCGACCGGACGGCGCGUGGAUUUGGUUUCGCUGAUUUUGUAAGCGCCCGCGAGGCGGAAAAUGCCAUGGACGCGUUGAAAAACACGCAUCUCCUGGGCCGGAGACUGGUGCUGGAAUUCGCGAGCGAGGAGGCCGUCGAUCCCGAGGAGGAGAUCGCAAAGAUCGAGAAGAAGGUAGGGGAGCAGGUGGACAGGGUCAAGCUCCAGCAGCUUACGGGCUCGGGAAGGAAGAAAUUUACCGUAGGGGCGCAGGAGGACGAGGAGGCAUGA